CAUAGGUCACGUGAGAGCGGAUAGCAACAACAUGGCGGUGACAGGAGAGCCCUCCUUCUCAUUGGGUAAUGAGACCCUCCGGGUGCCAAUGGCGCUCUUUGCCUUGAACAGGCGCCGUCUGUGCGAGCAGUUACGUAAGAAUACUGAGGUGCCAAAGAAAGCAGUGGUGGUCCUGCAGGGGGGAGAUGAACUCCAGCGAUACUGCACCGACACUGGUAUUGUCUUCCGUCAGGAAUCUUAUUUCCACUGGACGUUUGGAGUGCUGGAGGCGGACUGCUAUGGUGCUGUGGAAGUUGCCACUGGCAAGUCCCUGCUGUUUGUUCCCAAACUCCCGGAGAGCUAUGCAGUGUGGAUGGGAACGAUUCACAACCGUGACCACUUCAAAAAGAAAUACUCUGUGAAUGAAGUUCACUACACUUGUGAUGUGGCUGAGGUGCUGAAGAAGCUGCAGCCAGAUAUGCUGCUCACCCUGCGUGGCGUGAACACGGAUAGUGGGCACACUACUCGAGAAGCUGCUUUUGAUGGAAUCAGUGAGUUUAAUGUGAACAAUACUUUGCUUCACCCUGUGAUCAUGGAAUGGGUAAUGAAGGCUGUGCAAAUUGGGAUGAAGGAAUACGAGUUGGAAAGUCUAUUUGAACACUAUUGCUAUACUCGAGGAGGGAUGCGUCACACUUCAUACACGUGUAUAUGUGGCAGUGGGGUAAAUUCUGCUGUCCUACAUUAUGGACAUGCUGGAGCUCCAAAUGAGAAGACCGUUCAGGAUGGAGACAUGUGCCUCUUUGAUAUGGGCGGUGAAUAUUAUUGCUAUGGUUCUGACAUCACCUGCUCAUUUCCAGCCAAUGGCAAGUUCACUCCUGACCAGCGCGAUAUCUACCAGGCUGUUCUGAAAGCAUCACGGGCAGUGAUGAGUGCUGUCCGACCAGGUCCCCAAAAACAUCCAAGUGACCAUCAUCUCCAGCUCAGCUUUGUAAAAACAUUUCAGCAAGAGGAUGGGCACAGAGGUGUGGAGCGCAUUGAUGAGCCAGGGCUCCGCAGUCUACGCACUACACGGGAACUGCUCCAGGGCAUGGUCCUCACCAUUGAGCCAGGAAUCUACUUCAUCGACAUGCUCCUGGACCAGGCGCUAGCAGACCCUGCCCAGGCUUGUUUCAUCAACAGGGAUGUCCUCGCUCGCUUCCGAGGAUUUGGUGGGGUGCGUAUCGAGGACGAUAUUGCAGUCACUGCCAGUGGAAUGGAACUGCUGACCUGUGUGCCACGCACUGUUGAGGAGAUUGAGGCCUUUAUGGCAGAGGGCUCUGGAUCCUCGAAGCAGUUUGGUCAGCUUCCUGGCCAGGUAGCCUGAAUCCCCGCUGUUCAGUGACAGCUUCGCUCUGUCCUCUGUCUAGGUAACCCGGUGAUUUGAAAUCUCAAAACGAACCAAGCUUCAUGAUCGCAAAUAAUGCACCGACAAUGAUGCAAACAUACGAAAUCUUCCUCCAUCUGUUUGCAAAGAGCAAGAAUCAGUGAGAGCCCGUCACUUUGGUGCAGGCAGAGAGUAAAACCUCAGCAGCAACUCGGGGAGGCAGCAUUCCUCCACAUUACACAUCAAAAUGCACAACCACAGGUACACACCAAGGUGGAUGCAAUACAGAUGUGUUUGCAUGCAUUUACACCCACUCAGGCACUCCUGCACAAUAAAUAGGUGAUGCAAUGGGACUAGCUUUGGUCUGUCAUUAGUCACUGGUUGGCUCCAGUUUCCCACUGGACAUAGCCUGUUCCCCCUUGUUGGACUGAGAGGCCGUAUGCAGAGGCCCCUCCCUCACUUGUUCACUCCCCGUCACACAGAGACUCAAUGGAAACCAGCAAUCACUGCCUGAGCCAAUAGGCACUGUAGCGUCCCACUGGCAAUGUCCUCCGAGACCUGUGAGAGGUGUGUGAGGGUCCAGAGAGUGAGCCAUCUUGAUGGCAUAUUCAGAGGCUGAGUAUCUGCCACACACACGGACAAAGAGCGAAUUGAGGGCAGGGUGGACUCCCUGAUCUGCACAAGCUCGCAGUUAAAUACAGAGCAAACAGAAAUGCAAAUAAUCUUGCUUCAGGCCUGGCAAAUGAAACAAAUCUUUUUAAGAAUGAUGACAAUAACUGUAAAUUCCUUUCUAACUUUCUGCAAUAAAGCUGUAUGUUUUCAC